AUGCCCCACGCAACUCCCUCUUCACCAAAGAUGUUCAGCCGUAUCAAGGAUAAAUUCACCAGCAAGAAGUCCACGCGGGACUUGAAGACGCAAUAUAACGGCAUCAGCAUGGGUAACUCAAAUACCACACCGACUAGCUACCAUGCUAGCAAUAACCCCUUCCUCGAUAUCCCCAACGAGGCACCUCCUGCUUAUGAAUCAUACCCCAAAACUUCUAACCUCGACAUUCCUCGUCGAGUCGCAUCUCCAGCACCUAGUCUCUCUAGUAUAACAAGCGCAGAGGACAAAUAUGCCUUCCUCUCGACUUUUGAUACUGUAUUCGUGAUUGACGACUCCGGUUCAAUGGCUGGUCGAUCAUGGCGAGAAGUCCGGGAAGCACUUAGCGCCAUCGCACCCAUCUGCACAUCCCACGAUCCCGACGGUAUCGAUGUUUACUUCUUGAAUCACCGAUCAUCCGCUACUGGAUCUGGUACGCAAGCACCCGGAGGAUACUUCCACAUCCGCGACGCCAACCAAGUCUCUCGCCUGUUCGAGUCCGUCCGCCCUUGCGGUUCAACACCCACCGGCGCUCGUCUUCACAGCAUCCUCAAGCCUUACGUUUCGCAAAUCGCCCGCCGAGCUGAGAACAUUGACUCGACCAAGCCGGUCAACAUCAUCGUGAUCACCGACGGAUGUCCCACAGAUGACCCCGAGGGUAUCAUCGUACACCACGCCAGGAAGCUCGAUCAGAUCGAGGCGCCUCCUCAUCAGGUUGGAAUUCAGUUCUUCCAGGUUGGAAACGAGCUCGGUGCUACAAAGGCUCUUCGCGAACUGGAUGACGAUCUUUCUGAGCAGGGAAUUCGCGAUAUGGUUGAUACAGCCACCUGGAACUCCACUACUGCGAACAACACCCAGUCUCUAACAGCCGAUGGUAUUCUCAAGGUCGUUCUUGGUGCGGUAGUCCGACGCCUUGAUCGUCGGUCUACUCAUGGCUCUCCCCAAGGCCGCGCUCGCUAA